UCAAAGAACACGAAGGCCCUUACGACGACAGAGGAAAUUGCACGAAUUGCAAGUCUUUCCACGAACAGCAAUACACAUGUUGGCAAUCCCAUCGUGACCACCAUAGAGAAAGUUGGCAAGGAGGGAGUUAUCACAGUCAAAGAAGGACGUACAAUUGAGGACAAUAUCGAAAUCGUGGAGGGAAUGCGUUUUGACCAAGGUUACAUUUCACCGUAUUUCGUCACGGAUGCCAAGAGCCAGAAGAUCGAGUUCGAUAGACCGCUCGUUUUGCUGUCCGAGAAGAAGAUCUCGUCGUUGCAGGACAUCACGCCUUCACUCAAAGCAGCUGCACAGACUCGUCGACCGCUUCUCAUUGUUGCUGAAGACGUCGACGGUGAGGCACUUGAGGCAUGCACACUGAACAAGGUCCGUGGUCAGCUGCAGGUGGCCGCAGUCAAGGCUCCUGGGUUUGGUGACAAUCAGAAGGGCAUUCUAGGUGACCUUGCGAUCCUCACCAGUGGUACCGUCUUUACCGACAAGCUUGACAUAAAGCUCGAUCGCACAACACCAGAUUUACUUGGUUCAACUGGGUCUGUGACGAUCACGAAGGAGGACACCAUCUUCUUCAAUGGCGAAGGUUCAAAGGAUGCCAUUCAGGCGCGCUGUGAACAGAUUCGCUCUGCACUGAACGACCCGACGACAGGCGAAUACGAUAAGACAAAGCUUCAAGAUCGUCUUGCAAGGCUCACUGGUGGAGUUGCAGUGAUACGGGUUUGCAGUUUGAAUGAUCUUGAGGCGACAGAGAAGAAGAACCGUUACGAUGAUGCGAUCAAUGCUACUCGUGCGGAUGUUGAGGUAGGCGUUCUGCCGGGUGGGGGUGUUGCUCUGCUCAAGGCAUCACUUUCACUUCCGACCAGUGGAGACUCCAACACAGCUUCGUCGUCGUCCUCCGAGCCUAUCCCUACUGCAAACUGUGAUGAAGAAGACACUAUCUCAAUCAAUCAUCAGCCAGAGAGCCAAUCUGUACACACAAUCCUCAGGAAUUCACGCGAGGGGUCAUCCGCAACUGCUGGAACCCUCACUUUGCAGCACGGUGCACCAGAGCAAUUUUCACAGGACUACGACGCGAGUAAAGGUCAAUACGUUGACACAGACAUUGAUGGCAUCAGAGAACAAGGAGUAGGGCGCUCACUCACACGCUUUGACCAAGAAGUAACAGCAAACACUUCUGUUACCUGUACUCCCACACAUUGGUCCUGUACCUGUACCAGUCCAGAUUGCUGCAUUGCAUACCCAAAUUCAUGCCUUCCAGCAGACAAGUACACUGUGUGA